AUGGCGGCUGCGCCGCUGGGAGGUGUCCCGCCAGGCGCGGGCGGCGUGCAGCCCACAGCCGCGCAGGCGCCGAUGCCGCGGCUGCACAUGGUGCAGCCGCAACCGCACGCGCCGCAGCCGCAGACGCAGCCGCAUCCGCAGCAGCAGCAGGCGGGGCAGCAGAGGCGCGGGGCUUUGAAGCAGUUGGUGGUGGUGGUGGAGGGCACGGCGAGCAUGGGGCCGUCGUGGGCGCUGCUGCGACGCCUCUACCUGCACCCGCUGCUCAACGCGUCCCUGCAGGAGCGCCUCGCAUUCCCGAUCCACUCACUCCUCUCCUCUCCUCUCCUCUCCUCUCCUCUCCUCUCCUCUCCUCUCCUCUCCUGCUCUUCUCGUCUUUUCCCCUCCAAUUCUUGCUCUCCUCAUCGCAUCCCUGUCCUGUCCUCGCUCCGUUCCCCUCCUUGCCUCGGCCUCCGCUGUUCCCUCCGUUCCCCUGCCCUUCCCCAAAUUUCCAUUCCCCCCCUCCGUCCCCUUUUCUCCCUCCCCCUGCCCUCCGUCCCCUUCCCACCCCCCUGCCCUCUACCCCCUGCCCACCCCCCCACCUCUGGCCCCAACCCCCGAUCUCCCCCCCGUCUCUCCGCGCAUGCCAUGGUCGCCUCGCCAGGGCCUUCUGUGGCGUCGACUCUCUUACACAGGUCAGGGCGGGUCAGGGCGGGGCAGGGCGGGGCAGGGCGGGGCAGGGCGGGGCAGGGCGGGGCAGGGCAGGGCAGGGCGGGUCAGGGCGGGGCAAGGCGGGUCAGGGAGGGGCAGGGCGGGUCAGGGCGGGGCAGGGCGGAGCAGGGCGGGUCAGGGCGGGGCAGGGCGGAGCAGGGUAGGAGGGCGGGCACAGCAGCGGUGGAGCUGGCUCUCGUGGUCUACCACUCGCACGGCUCCUUCUCACCCUCGUUGCUGCAGCAGACACCCUUUACGGCGUCACCUGCCGCCUUCCUGUCGUGGCUUGACGCCCUCUCCUUCUCGGGGGGCGGCGCUUCGGACGCUGCCGUUGCUGAAGGCCUCUCAGAGGCGCUGCUGAUGCUGUGCCCCACACCAUCCCCCUCUGCCCGCCAGAUGCUGUGCUCCACACCAUCCCCCUCAUCCACGCCACCAGCGGGCCUGGAGCGCCACAAGCACGUCGUGCUCGUCGCUGCCUCGCCGCCCCACCGCCUGCCCACCCCCGUCGUCAAGCCACCCCUGCCCACCACCCCCUCUGCUGCUGCUGAUGCUGCUGGUGGCAGUGGCGGGGCCAGGGGCGUGUGGGAGGCAGCAGCCUGGUGGCUGGCGUGCGCCCCCACGGUGGCAUCGCUCUUCGCCCACCCCCAGGUGCACACGGCAAAGCGCAGCCCCAGGGCAGCGGAGCCAGUGGCCGACGCAGCUCGGCAGCACCCCCAUCACGUGGCGCUCAUUGCGGAGGGCUUCCUGGAGGCACGCAGCGUGCUGCACCGCGCUCCACCGCCCAACGAGGCCGCUCCACGUGGCGCCCAGGCGGUGGGCCCCUCUCCUGGCGGAGGAGGAGGAGGAGGAGGAGGUGGAGGAGGAGGAGGGCCCGCGGCGGGAGCUAGUGGUGUGGCAGCGGUGGCGAUGGCGGGCUCAGUAGGGCGACUGCCACAGCAACCCGGGGCGGCCAUGGUUCAGCAGGCAAAGCAGGUGGGCGGUGUAUGUGGCCCCGCCUUGCCUGCCACAGCGGGGGGAGGCGUGCCAGUGGGGAUGGGGGGAGGGCCAGCAGGCACCAUUGCUGGUAGCGCCACCGGUGCCGCUGGGGGUGCUGGGGGUGCUGCUUGUGCGGUGGGUGUGGGCCCGGGAACAGCAGCGCCCAUGCCCUCUCUCCGCACCACGAGCCCCAGCCCCCAGUUCUUCCCCACUGGCCAGCAGCAGCAGAAGCCACCACAGGCGUUUCAGCAGCUGCUACCGCAGCAGCAGGCAGCACAGCAGCAGGCACAGCCGACAGGGGUGGCUGUGCCGACAGGGGCGAGGCUGGGAGGAGGCAUGGCAGGGCAGCACGUGGGGGCUGCGGGGAUGGGACCAGCUGGGGGUAGCGCUGCCGCGGGGGCACUGCCUGCUGCUGCUGCUGCUGCUGCUGCUGCUGCUGCUGCUGGAGGGGCGGGGCGCAUGGCAAUGGGUGGUGGGGCUGGUGGGGUAGCAGGAGUGGCAGCAGCAGGAGCAUUGCAACAGCCUGGCGUGCCCCAACAGGCACAGCAGCCUCCUCAGAUGGUUGUUGGGCCUGGAGGCCGCAUGAUGCCACGUGCCGCACCUGUAGGCAUGGCAGCAGCAGCAGGCGGAGCAGCAGGAGCAUCUGCAGCAGGUAUGGGUGCAGCCAUACCAGCAGCUGUUCCCGGACCUCAGUUGGCCAGGCCUGGUAUACCCGUACCUGCCGGAGGCCCGGGAGGAGCAGCUGUAGGCAUGGCAGGCCGCGGAGGACCAGGUUUGGCUGCCUCUCAGCCAGGCCUUGCCCGUGGGCUGGGAGCUGGUCGGGGAACAGGCCCGGGAAUAGGUCUGGGGGUCGGCCCGGGAGUUGGCAGUGGAGCAGGUUUCAUGGGGCGAGGAGGUCCAGGCGUGGCAGCAGAGGUGGUGGGGGACUCACAGGGGGGUGCAGCAGCAGCGGGCAUGGGUGGGCGGGGGGUGGGCCUGGCACAGCAGGGCAGACCAGGGCAGGCAGCAGUGGUGGGGGUUGGGCCAGGGAUGGGGAUGGGGAUGGGGAUGGGGGGAGCAGGGGGAGCAGCAGGGGGGGCGAUAGUGGGGGGCCAGGCCGGCAUGGCGAGGCGCGUAGUAGGGGGCGUCAUGGGGGUGGGUGGUCCCAUGGCAGGGGCAGCGGGAGGAGUGGUGGGAGUUGGUGCGGGCAUGGCAGGGGCGGCAGGGGGUGGAGCCGCUGGUGGUGCUGGCGGACAGAUGGGUCAGCGGCCUCCCCUGCAGCAGCAGCAACAACAGCUGCAGCCACAGGCACAGCAGCAGCAGCAGCAGCAGUUCCAGGCACAGCAACGACCAGCACAGCCACAGUUUCAGCAGGUGCAGGCGGGUGGAGGAGCAGGAGGGGCAGGCGGGACAGGAGGAGUGGGUGGAGUGGUGGGGGGACAGGCAGGGGGCGUGCAACGAGUGGGUGUGGGGCAGGGUGUGGCAGGGCAGCAGGCCACCGCAGCAGGAAUCGCUGCCGGGACAGCAGCAGGUGGGGUAGCAGCAGGCGGGCCAUCAGGUCCCAUGGGAGGAGGAGCAGCAGCAGCAGGGCCUGGGCCUGCCAUGGCUGCUCGCCCGCUGCCUCACGCGCCUGGCGCUGCUGCCCCUGCUGCCGCUGUUGCUCCACACCCCACAUCCACUGCUCCUGCUCCUGCUGCCCCCCCUGCUGCUGCUGCUGCUGCUGCUGCUGCUGCUGCUGCUGCUGCUGCUGCUGCAGGAGCAGGCGGUGUGAGGCCGCCAGGACAGCCCCCACGGUACCUCAAGCUGUGGGAGGUAAGCAGGCAGGCAGGGGCCUUCCUGCUCCGUGGGAGUUAA